AGAUAAUAGAUAUGCCUGUAGAACUUGGAUAUUGGUCUCUGAGAGGAUUAGGAGAACCCUGCCGAUUACUACUGCGAUACACUGAGACAGAGUGGACGGAUGCAGCAAUACCACUAUCCGAAGGGGAUAUGUGGUUCAAAGAGAAGAAACACAAUCUCGGUCUUGACUUCCCAAAUCUACCCUACAUGCUGGAUGGUGAUGUGAAGCUCACUCAAACCUUGGCUAUAAUGAGGUAUUUGGGCAGAAGAUUUGGUCUAUCCCCAUCUGAGGCUGAUAUGGCUAAAGGCGAUCUUCUUGAGCAGUAUCUCAUGGAAGUGCGCAUAGGGCUUUCCAUGGUUUGCUACAGCAGCGCUGAUCAGUUUGAAGGAAAGAAGGCCGAAUUCAUUGGUAAACUAGCAGGUCGUGUUGAAGAGUUAGGAAAGUUUGUUGGUGCUGGCCCAUACGUGCUGGGAGAGAAAAUCACAUAUGUUGAUUUCUUGGCGUUGGAGUUCCUUGACAAUCUUGCUGCGUUCUCUCCUGACCACUUUAAGGAAGGACCUUUAGUUGACUAUGUCAACAGAAUGAAAGAUCUACCUGCACUGAAGAAGUUCUACGAAAGUGAUGACUGUACUCACAAGUCUUAUUCCAUCAAUUCUCCAAUGGCACAGUGGCCUGGAUGGCCCAAGAAGGAGUAAAAAUGUUGAGUGCAUUAUUAUGGAUUUAGAUUCUAAUGGCCCUAUUUUAUUAAUCCACAUAGGUAUGCAUUAUGCAUGUGAUGCGGCCAUCAAGUCGAAAUUCAUUAGGUUUAGUGUAUUACAAUUUAAUAUGCAUGCACUGAUUGUAUAUUAUAUUUACAUAAUAUCAUGA